CAGAAUCCAAUACCAUCUCUCUCUCUCUCUCUCUCUCUCUCUCACCCAGACAGACACAAAAAACACACGAACACAAAGAGAGACACAAAGCCAUGAAGGUCAUCAAGAUUAUAUUGCUCAUAGCAACAACCAUGGCUUUGUCUAUCGCUCUCACGACCGUGACAAGGGUUAGCCAUCAAGAAGAAGGCAAAUCCCCUUUCACCGACUCAUGGAAAGAGCAACCGUCGGCUGACAACGAAAAAAAGUUGCUGCUGUCCUCCAAGAGUCGCUUCCUUGCUGAAAAGGAUCUGGUAGCAAGAAACCUUAGAGCAGCUCCCCAAUGCAAACAUGACUAUGACAUAUGCGAAUACCUGACGCCGGCUAAUACGACAUGGACCUGCUGCAACAAGAAGUGCGUGGAUUUGUCCGAAGACAAGGACAACUGUGGUGCAUGCAACAAGAAGUGCAAGUACACGCAGUCGUGUUGCAGAGGGCAGUGCGUGGACCUGGCUUUUGACAAGAGGCAUUGUGGCCGGUGCAACCAUCCCUGCAAGGAUGGAGCGUUUUGCGUGUAUGGUCUCUGUGAUUAUGCGUGAUUAAGACGGUCCAUUAAGGGAUUGUGAGUGCUCCUGAGGUUCGUAAUUAUAUUGAUUAUGCAAUAAAACAACCACAAUAAGAAGAAAAAAAAAAGAAAUUGGUGGUUCUCUCAAUUAAUUAUACAAUUAUUACUACUUUUUAUUAUUAAUUAUAGAGUCCUCGAGUGCUUUUCUCUGAAUGUAAUAAUCGAUGUUAUGAUCUAUUUAAGAACUUGAUUUAUGAGUACGGAAUUUGUAUGAA